AUGGAGACCCACCAACACUCCCCGGAUAGCAGCAGUGAGGAGUGUACUGUUCUGGAGGCCCCGCCAGGCAAAAACUCCUGCCAGCAACAUGCAGGGAAGGUGGCAGAGCUCUACUGUUUGGUGUGUGAGGGUGCCGUGUGUGAGGAGUGUUUAUCAGCGGCCCAUGGGGACCACUCUACCGCCCCCCUCAGUCAGGCGCUGGAACAGCACCGCAACGCUCUGCAGGAGAGGUUGGGGGCUGCGAUGACCAGGCUCCCACAGAUCUCAGACUCCCUGGCCUUUGUUAAAGAGAUACUCCAGCAGUUGACCAACCAGAGGACGUCCAUCGAGGAGGACAUCCAGUCGAGUUUCGAGGAUCUGCACAAACAGCUGGACGUCAGGAAGAGCGUUCUGCUGAUGGAGCUGGAGGUCACGUACGGACUCAAACAGAAGGUCCUACAGUCCCAGGUGGAGAGCCUUCUGCGGGGUCAGGGGGAAAUCACGACCAGCUGUGGCCAGACGGAGGAGGCCCUGGCCGGGGAGACCUGCGUGGCGAGCUUGGAGGCCGAGCGGGACCUCAGGGAGCAACUGGGGGAGCUAGCCAGCCAAGGUCUGCCUUGUCAGCCGGAGGAGAACGACCAGCUGGAUCUGGUAAUGGAGACAGAUGGACUGAGGAAGUCCAUACACAACCUGGGGACCAUCGUCACGACCAGCGCGGUGGCGAGUCAGAGCGAGGCCAUGGGAGCGGGCUUGGAGCAGUGUUUUGUGGGAUAUCCAGCCUCGGUCACCAUUGUGACCAGAGACAAGGCUGGGGGAGCCUGCAAGACUGGCAAUGCUAUUCUGUCAGCCGAGGUGUUUACGCCAGAUGGCAGCAUAGUGGAUGGCGAGAUAGUGGACCACAAGAAUGGAACCUAUGAGUUUGUGUACGUGGUGCCAAAAGAAGGGCAUUUCUCUCUGGCCCUGAGGUUAUAUGACCAACACAUCAAAGGAAGUCCCUUCAAACUGAAUGUCACCAAGGCCACGGAGGUAGAUACAGAGUUGUCUCCUCCCACCACCAUCGCCACCAGCUCAGCGGCCAACGCCACCCCGUCCACGGGCUCCUCAGAGGGGGCUAAGAGACGGGGCAAGUCCCCCGGCCAGAAGAAGAAAGGCUCAAAGAGGGCCAGCAGCGCCCUGGGGACCCCUCGGCGCAAAACCCAGAAUCCCAUCGAAGACGACCUCAUCUUCAGGAUUGGUACUAAGGGGAGAAACAAGGGGGAGUUCACCAACCUCCAGGGGGUGGCUGCUUCCGCCUCUGGCAGGAUUCUGAUAGCCGACAGCAACAAUCAGUGUGUCCAGAUCUUCUCUAAUGAAGGGGAGUUCAAAAGUCGGUUUGGGGUCCGGGGCCGGUCACCAGGCCAGCUGCAGCGGCCCACGGGCGUGGCUGUCCACCCUACUGGUGACAUCAUCAUUGCUGACUAUGACAACAAGUGGGUCAGCAUCUUCUCCUGUGAGGGCAAGUUCAAGGCCAAGCUUGGCGCUGGUAGGUUAAUGGGUCCUAAGGGUGUGUCAGUCGACCAGAAUGGUCACGUGAUCGUCGUUGACAACAAAGCGUGCACUGUCUUCAUCUUCCAGCCUACUGGCAAACUCAUUUCCAAGUUUGGUAGCCGAGGCAACGGAGACAAACAGUUUGCAGGUCCCCACUUUGCUGCAGUGAACAACAACAAUGAGAUAAUAGUGACUGACUUCCAUAACCACUCUGUCAAGGUGUUCACCCCAGAGGGCGAGUUGGUGUUAAAGUUUGGGUCCAACGGUGAGGGGAAUGGUCAGUUCAACGCCCCCACCGGUGUGGCUGUGGACAUUAAUGGGAACAUUAUUGUGGCUGACUGGGGAAACAGCAGAAUACAGGUUUUUGAUGGGAGUGGUUCCUUCCUGUCGUACAUCAACACCUCAGCGGACCCUCUUUAUGGACCCCAGGGUCUGGCUCUCACAUCAGAUGGAAACGUGGUGGUUGCUGACUCCGGCAACCACUGCUUCAAAGUCUACCGUUACCUACAAUGA